CUUGUUCAAAAGAGAAACUUGUGCGUGUAAACUGCUCACUCCCAAGGAGACCAGGAGACUAGGCUGCGGGUGAAAGGGGAGAGGGUCCGGGGUUUCGGGAGAGGAUCCCAAAUCCUGCUCCAGCUCUCACACCCCCUCCCCCCAGGCCAUUUUCUAGCGGAGGGUGGUCCCCGGAGACAAACUAUCGCUGGGGACAGCUUGGGCCAGGCACACAAGGAGGAGUCGCCAGGGGUCUGGGUUAGCUAGCCCUGGGAACGGGCUUUUGGGACGACACCCCGAAAGUGAGUCCAGCUGGGGAAAGAAAUUGCGGGCGCCAGGGGCGAUCCGGCUGUAGAGGAGGUGGGUCGGGAGAAAACUUUUCUUGGAAGGUAGAGGCCAGACUUUGCUGGGGCAGUGAGGGGCCGCGCUGAGAAGGAAGAUCGACUGGUCGGUGCCGCGGGAGGGCGCAGGGCGCAGGCCUGCUGGGGAGGGGGCCGGGGCGCGAGGCGGAGUCCGGGCCUGCCGUCAGGCUGGUGGGGGCCCCCCACGGGCUGCAGAUUCCCUCCGACUCCCAGGAGCCGCGGCAGGACCGGCCAGGAGGCGCCAUGGAGGGGAGUCCCAUCCCGGUGCUGACGGUGCCCACCGCGCCCUACGAGGACCAGCGGCCAACCGGCGGCGGGGGGCUGCGGCGGCCCACGGGUCUCUUCGAGGGCCAGCGCAACUACCUGCCCAACUUCAUCCAGAGCGUGCUGUCAUCCAUCGACCUGCGCGAUCGCCAGGGCUGCACCAUGGUGGUGGGCAGCGACGGCAGGUACUUCAGCAGGACGGCCACCGAGAUCGUGGUGCAGAUGGCCGCGGCCAACGGGAUUGGACGACUGAUUAUUGGACAGAAUGGCAUCUUGUCAACACCUGCUGUUUCCUGCAUUAUCAGAAAGAUCAAGGCAGCUGGUGGAAUCAUCCUCACAGCCAGCCAUUGUCCUGGAGGGCCAGGGGGAGAGUUUGGAGUGAAGUUUAACGUUGCCAAUGGAGGUCCUGCGCCAGAUGUUGUCUCAGACAAAAUCUAUCAGAUCAGCAAAACAAUUGAGGAAUAUGCCAUAUGUCCUGAUCUUCGAAUUGACCUAUCUCGACUAGGAAGACAAGAAUUUGACCUGGAGAACAAAUUCAAACCAUUUAGAGUGGAGAUAGUUGACCCAGUGGAUAUCUAUCUCAAUCUCCUUCGGACCAUCUUUGACUUUAACACCAUAAAGAGUUUGCUGACUGGGCCUGGUCAACUGAAGAUCCGAGUUGACGCAAUGCAUGGAGUUAUGGGACCCUAUGUGAGAAAGGUCCUGUGUGAUGAGCUGGGGGCUCCAGCCAAUUCUGCAAUAAACUGUGUUCCCCUGGAAGAUUUUGGAGGGCAGCAUCCUGACCCAAACCUGACAUAUGCAACGACCCUUCUGGAAGCUAUGAAAGGAGGAGAGUAUGGAUUUGGAGCUGCAUUUGAUGCUGACGGGGACCGUUAUAUGAUCCUAGGCCAAAAUGGCUUCUUUGUGAGCCCCUCCGACUCCCUGGCCAUCAUUGCCGCCAACCUCUCUUGCAUUCCGUAUUUCCGCCAGAUGGGGGUCCGAGGGUUUGGGAGGAGUAUGCCCACCAGCACGGCCCUGGACAGAGUGGCCAAAUCAAUGAAGGUCCCUGUAUACGAGACUCCAGCUGGAUGGCGAUUCUUCUCAAACCUGAUGGACUCGGGACGGUGCUCUCUGUGUGGAGAAGAGAGCUUUGGCACUGGCUCCGAUCACCUCCGGGAGAAAGAUGGCCUUUGGGCUGUCUUGGUCUGGCUCUCCAUUAUCGCUGCCCGGAAGCAGAGUGUGGAGGAAAUUGUCCGAGAUCACUGGGCUAAAUUUGGCCGCCACUACUAUUGCAGGUUUGACUAUGAGGGCCUAGAGCCUAAGACGACAUAUUACAUCAUGAGAGACCUGGAGGCCUUGGUCACAGACAAGUCCUUCAUCGGCCAGCAGUUUGCCGUGGGAAGCCAUGUCUACAGUGUGGUGAAGACAGACAGCUUCGAAUACGUGGACCCUGUGGACGGCACUGUGACCAAGAAACAGGGUCUGAGGAUCGUUUUCUCAGAUGCGUCACGGCUCAUCUUCCGUCUCAGUUCCUCCAGUGGCAUGCGGGCCACCAUCAGACUGUACGCAGAGAGCUACGAGAGGGAUCCCAGCGGUCAUGACCAGGAGCCACAGGCAGUGCUGAGCCCUCUCAUAGCCAUUGCGCUGAAAAUAUCCCAGAUUCAUGAGAGAACCGGCCGGAGGGGCCCCACUGUCAUCACCUGAAGGAAGGAAAGAUCACUCACCAGGCCUAAAAGAAAAUGCUCGGCGGGAGACACUUCACCCACGCCUUCUUGCUACCUGUUUGUGCCUCUUAUGACUUUGGGGGGAAAAAAGAAAAAGAUAAUUUGCUGGU